AUGUCCAGAAACGAAGACACCACAAAACGCAACGUGCUCUCGUUCAUUAAUGGACGCGAGCCAAGCAUAGAUCGUCGAUUUCGUCCAUGUCCGAAGAAUAUAUUCAAAGCAAUUGAUAUAGAUAAUAUAGAUGAAUUAGAUGAUGAUAGUAAUUCAAAUUUUGAUGAUGCUAGUACUGUAAGUGGUGACAUAUCGAAAACAAGUACUAUUGGAGAAGAUGGGGCCAUGGUGUAUCUACGACUGCGUCCUGUUAAUUCUCCUUCAUCGUCAUAUAAAAUUGCAGGCAAUGGAAAUACUCUUGUGGUGAACCCACGUUUAGAUCAAACAACGACAAGUAACAAUAAAGCAGCAAUGGAAAAACAUUUUACCUUCAGCGCAAUAUUCGAUAAUAAUGAUAGUCAAAAGGGCGUAUACAAUAAGUGUAUAGGUGACAAAAUAAAAUUGGAGGAAAGUUUCACAGUGCUGACUUAUGGUACAUCUGGUUCCGGAAAGACUUUUACACUUUUAGGUAAACUUCAAUUAAAGUAA